CCCGCUUCUCCGGCGCAGCCGGCGUUUGCCUCGCUUCAGUCCCGCGACCGAAGCAGGGCGCACAGCAGCGCUGAGUGCCCCGGAGCCCCUGCCGCGCGCCCAGUGUCCGUCGUGUCCGCCGCUCGCCGGGCGGGGAUGGGGCAACCGGACUGAGCGCCGCACCCGCCACCCAGACCCGCCGGCCCCAGCCGCCGGCCCUCCAGCCGCGGCCCCAGUGCGCACGGGCGAUGGCGAAGGCGACGUCCGGUGCCGCGGGGCUGCGGUUGCUGUUGCUGCUGCUGCUGCUGCCGCUGCUAGGCAAAGUGGCAUUGGGCCUCUACUUCUCAAGGGAUGCUUACUGGGAGAAGCUGUAUGUGGACCAGCCGGCUGGCACGCCCUUGCUGUACGUUCACGCCCUGCGGGACGCCCCUGAGGAGGUGCCCAGCUUCCGCCUGGGCCAGCACCUCUACGGCACGUACCGCACACGGCUGCAUGAGAACAACUGGAUCUGCAUCCAGGAGGACACCGGCCUCCUCUACCUUAAUCGGAGCCUGGACCGCAGCUCCUGGGAGAAGCUCAGUGGCCGCAACCGCGGCUUCCCCCUGCUCACCGUCUACCUCAAGGUCUUCCUGUCACCCACAUCCCUUCGUGAGGGCGAGUGCCAGUGGCCAGGCUGUGCCCGCGUGUACUUCUCCUUCUUCAACACCUCCUUUCCAGCUUGCACCUCCCUCAAGCCCCGGGAGCUCUGCUUCCCGGAGACAAGGCCCUCCUUCCGCAUUCGGGAGAACCGACCCCCAGGCACCUUCCACCAGUUCCGCCUGCUGCCUGUGCAGUUCUUGUGCCCCAACAUCAGCGUGGCCUACAGGCUCCUGGAGGGUGAGGGUCUGCCCUUCCGCUGCGCCCCGGACAGCCUGGAGGUGAGCACGCGCUGGGCCCUGGACCGCGAGCAGCGGGAGAAGUACGAGCUGGUGGCCGUGUGCACCGUGCACGCUGGCGCGCGCGAGGAGGUGGUAAUGGUGCCCUUCCCGGUGACCGUGUACGACGAGGACGACUCGGCGCCCACAUUCCCCGCGGGCGUCGACACCGCCAGCGCCGUGGUGGAGUUCAAGCGGAAGGAGGACACUGUAGUGGCCACUCUGCGUGUCUUCGAUGCAGACGUGGUACCUGCGUCAGGGGAGCUGGUGAGGCGGUACACAAGCACGCUGCUCCCCGGGGACACCUGGACCCAGCAGACCUUCCGGGUGGAGCACUGGCCCAACGAGACCUCAGUCCAGGCCAACGGCAGCUUCGUGCGGGCGACCGUACAUGACUAUAGGCUGGUUCUCAAUCGGAACCUCUCCAUCUCGGAGAACCGCACCAUGCAGCUGGCUGUGCUGGUCAAUGACUCGGACUUCCAGGGCCCAGGAGCGGGCGUCCUCUUGCUCCACUUCAACGUGUCGGUGCUGCCGGUCAGCCUGCACCUGCCCAGUAGCUACUCCCUCUCUGUGAGCAGGAGGGCUCGUCGAUUUGCCCAGAUCGGGAAAGUCUGUGUGGAAAACUGCCAGGCGUUCAGUGGCAUCAAUGUCCAGUACGAGCUGCAUUCCUCCGGCGCCAACUGCAGCACACUAGGGGUGGUCACCUCGGCCGAGGACACCUCGGGGAUCCUGUUUGUGAACGACACCAAGGCCCUGCGACGGCCCAAGUGUGCUGAGCUUCACUACAUGGUGGUGGCCACCAACCAUCAGACCUCCAGGCAGGCCCAGGCCCAGCUGCUUGUCACGGUGGAGGGGUUGUAUGUGGCCGAGGAGGCGGGCUGCCCCCUGUCCUGUGCAGUCAGCAAGAGACGGCCAGAGUGUGAGGAGUGUGGCGGCCUGGGCUCCCCAACGGGCAGAUGUGAGUGGAGGCAAGGAGAUGGCAAAGGGAUCACCAGGAACUUCUCCACCUGCUCUCCCAGCACCAAGACUUGCCCCGAUGGCCACUGCGAUGUCGUGGAGACCCAAGACAUCAACAUUUGCCCCCAGGACUGCCUCCGGGGCAGCAUUGUCGGCGGGCAUGAGCCCGGGGAGCCCCGGGGGAUUAAAGCUGGCUAUGGUACCUGCAACUGCUUCCCUGAGGAGGAGAAGUGCUUCUGCGAGCCCGAAGACAUCCAGGAUCCACUGUGCGACGAGCUGUGCCGCACGGUGAUUGCAGCCGCCGUCCUCUUCUCCUUCAUCGUUUCGGUGCUGCUGUCUGCCUUCUGCAUCCACCGCUACCACAAGUUUGCCCACAAGCCACCCAUCCCCUCAGCUGAGAUGACCUUUCGGAGGCCCGCCCAGGCCUUCCCGGUCAGCUACUCCUCUUCCGGCGCCCGCCGGCCCUCGCUCGACUCCAUGGAGAACCAGGUCUCCGUGGAUGCCUUCAAGAUCCCGGAGGAUCCAAAGUGGGAAUUCCCUCGGAAGAACUUGGUUCUUGGAAAAACUCUAGGAGAAGGUGAAUUUGGAAAAGUGGUCAAGGCAACGGCCUUCCGUCUGAAAGGCAGAGCAGGGUACACCACAGUGGCCGUGAAGAUGCUGAAAGAGAACGCCUCCCCGAGUGAGCUGCGAGACCUGCUGUCAGAGUUCAACCUCCUGAAGCAGGUCAACCACCCACAUGUCAUCAAAUUGUAUGGUGCCUGCAGCCAGGAUGGCCCGCUCCUCCUCAUUGUGGAGUACGCCAAGUAUGGUUCCCUGCGGGGCUUCCUCCGUGAGAGCCGCAAGGUGGGGCCCGGCUACCUGGGCAGUGGAGGCAGCCGCAACUCCAGCUCCCUGGACCACCCAGACGAGCGGGCCCUCACCAUGGGCGACCUCAUCUCAUUUGCCUGGCAGAUCUCACGGGGGAUGCAGUACCUGGCCGAGAUGAAGCUCGUUCAUCGGGACUUGGCAGCCAGAAACAUCCUGGUAGCUGAGGGGCGGAAGAUGAAGAUUUCGGAUUUCGGCCUGUCCCGAGAUGUUUAUGAAGAGGAUUCCUACGUGAAGAGGAGCAAGGGUCGGAUUCCAGUUAAAUGGAUGGCAAUUGAAUCUCUUUUUGAUCAUAUCUACACCACCCAAAGUGAUGUAUGGUCUUUCGGUGUCCUGCUGUGGGAGAUUGUGACCCUAGGGGGCAACCCCUAUCCUGGGAUUCCUCCUGAGCGGCUCUUCAACCUUCUGAAGACCGGCCACCGGAUGGAGAGGCCAGACAACUGCAGCGAGGAGAUGUACCGCCUGAUGCUGCAGUGCUGGAAGCAGGAGCCAGACAAAAGGCCAGUGUUUGCGGACAUCAGCAAAGACCUGGAGAAGAUGAUGGUUAAGAGCAGAGACUACUUGGACCUUGCGGCGUCCACUCCGUCCGACUCCCUGCUUUAUGACGACGGCCUCUCAGAGGAGGAGACACCCCUGGUGGACUGUAAUAAUGCCCCCCUCCCUCGAGCCCUCCCUUCCACAUGGAUUGAAAACAAACUCUAUGGCAUGUCAGACCCGAACUGGCCUGGAGAGAGUCCUGUACCACUCACGAGAGCUGAUGGCACUAACACUGGGUUUCCAAGAUAUGCAAAUGAUAGUGUAUAUGCUAACUGGAUGCUUUCACCCUCAGCGGCAAAAUUAAUGGACACGUUUGAUAGUUAACAUUUCUUUGUGAAAGGUAAUGAACUCACAAGGGGAAGAAACAUGCUGAGAAUGGAAAGUCUACCGGCCCUUUCUUUGUGAACGUCACAUUGGCCAAGCCAUGUUCAGUUCCCAGGCGGCAGACUCGUUUUUGGUAGUUUGUUUUAACUUCCAAGGUGGUUUUACUUCUGAUAGCCGGUGAUUUUCCCUCCUAGCAGACAUGCCACACCGGAUAAGAGCUCUGAGUCUUAGUGGUUAAGCAUUCCUUUCUCUUCAGUGCCCAGCAGCGCCCGGUAUUGGUCUGUGUCCAUCAGUGACCGCCAACGUUCUGUGUUCACAUGUGUGGGUCCACUGCUUACUACCUGGUGUAUGAAAUUGGACCUGAACUGUUGGAUUUUUCUGGUUGCCGCCAAACAAGGCAAAAAAGUUUAACAUGAAGCACACACACACAAAAGGCAGUAGGAAAAAUGCUGGCCCAGAUGACUUGUCCUUGUUCAGAAUGAGAGCCUGGGAGGGCCUGGGGGUAGUGUCAAUGCCCCUCCAGGGCUGGAGGGGCAGAGGGGACCCGAGGAUGGGCCUGGGCUCAGCAUUCGAGAUCUUGAGAAUGAUUUUUUUUAAUCAUACAACAUUUUCUUAGGAAGACAUUUGGUUUUCAUCAUGAUUAAGAUGAUUCCUAGAUUUAGCACAAUGGAGAGAUUUGAUGCCAUCUUUACUGUGUGGAUGGUGGUAUCAGGGAAGAGGGCUCACAAGACACAUUUGUCCCCCGGGCCCACCACAUCAUCCUCAUAUGUUCGGCACCGAGCAACCACUACCCCUGAUGAGAACAGUAUGAAGAAAGGGGGCUGUUGGAGUCCCAGGACUGCUGACAGCAAAGGCUUUGCUGCUGUGAAUCCCACCUGCCACCAGCCUGCAGCACACCCCACAGCCAAGUAGAGGCGAAAGCAGUGGCUCCUCUGACCUGUUAGGAGCAGAUAGGGCUUGUACUCACUUUAAUUUGAAUCUUAUCAACUUACUCAUAAAGGGACAGGCUAACUAGCUGUGUUAGAAGUAGCAAUGACAAUGACAAAGGACUGCUACACCUCUGAUUACAAUUCUGAUGUGAAAAAGAUGGUGUUUGGCUCUUAUAGAGCCUGUGUGAAAGGCCCAUGGAUCAGUUCUUCCUGUGUUUGUAAUUUAAUGCUGCUACAAGACGUUUCUGUUUCUUAGAUUCUGACCAUGACUCAUAAGCUUCUUGUCAUUCUUCAUCGCUUGUUUGUGGUCAUAGACGCACAACACUCCUCCAGUCUUGUGGGGGCAGCUUUUGGGAAGUCCCAGCAGCUCUCCUGGCUGUGUUGUCAGCACUGUAACUUCGCAGAAAAGAGUCGGAUUACCAAAACACUGCCUGCUCUUCAGACUUAAAGCACUGAUAGGACUUAAAAUAGUCUCAUUCAAAUACUGUAUUUUAUAUAUGCAUUUCACAAAAACAGCAAAAUUAUGGCAUUUUGUGAGGCCAAGGCUUGGAUGUGUGCGUAAUAGAGCAUUAUGGUGUGUGUGCACACACCCAGAGGGAGAGUUUGAAAAAUGCUUGUUGGACACCUAACCUGGCUCUAAUUUGGGCUGUUUUUCAGAUACACUGUGAUAAGUUCUUUUACAAAUAUCUAUAGACAUGGUAAACUUUUGGUUUUCAGAUAUGCUUAAUGAUAGUCUUACUAAAUGCGGAAAUAAGAAUGAACUCUCAAAUUAUUAAAUAAACUCUCAAAUUAUUAAAAAUGCCUACACAGUAAGUGUGAAUUGCUGCAACAGGUUUGUUCUCAGGAGGGUAAGAACUCCAGGUCUAAACAGCUGACCCAGUGAUGGGGAAUUUAUCCUUGACCAAUAACCUAAUUGUCUUUUCCUGAGUUAUACAAGUCCCCAUCCUUAUUAGCUCUAUUGGAAUUUUCAUACACAUAUAUGCAGAAGUUCCUAAGUAUUAAGUAUUACUGAGUAUUAAGUAGCAAUCUGUCAGUUAUUAAAAUUUGUAAAAUCUAUUUAUGAAAGGUCAUUAAACUAGACCGUGUUCCUUUUUUUGUAAUCAAGGUGACUAAGAAAAUCAGUUGUGUAAAUAAAAUCAUGUAUCGUAAAAUGUG